UGUGUCCCAUGAUAGAGCUCCUCAAGGGACGCUACUGACAAGAUUACGUGUGCCGUGCGUGAAAGGGUUUAUUUCGACAGGAGAAGAGUGGAAUUGUUUAGGGCAUGGACUUAACGUCUCCGUUUAAAUGUAAUAAAUAUGAAUCGAAACGAAGUAUUUGAAGACUUGUUGGUUGAUACACUUUAAUGAUGACAUAUCAGGCACGUCAACUCAGUUUGCACAUGGCAUUGGACAAUAAUGAAGUUGCUGAAUAGCGACGCACUUGCAUUGUUUGAGAAAUUUCUGAAGAACGUCAGUAGUAGCCUAUAGUGGAGAAGCAGAAAGGUUUUUUAUUUUAGACGAAUACAUUUAUCUCGCCUGCUGACGGAUGCGUGCGUAGGCCUACAAAAAUAUUUAUGGAAUUGAGCAGAGAACAUUCGAAUUUCGGAGGAUUACCUUGAUAUACAACCUUCAUCAUGAUGAAUCGGGCUUUCUGGGAUGCGAUAUUUCUCAUUACUGGUUCCCUCUUUACAUAUGGAACAGGCCAGGAUAAUUCCACUAUUGCUACUAAUUCUACAAUGACCACCACACCUCCUGUAACUACCACCACUACCACUGUAAAUGUUACUACCUCUUCUACUACCACCACCAGUAUCACCACUACAACCACCAUUCCAGUGAAAAAGUUUGUUGCAGCAGCUGUUCGAUCCCACUUCGAUGACUGUCCUGACUCCCACAGCCACUUCUGUUUCCAUGGCACCUGUCGUUUCUUGAUUCUGGAGGAGACACCCGCAUGUGUGUGUCACCAAGGCUUUGUAGGGAUGCGAUGUGAGCACGCUGACCUGCUAGCUGUGGUGGCCACCAAUCACAGGCAACAGACAGUUGCCACGGUGCUAGUUCUGUGUGUGAUUGGUUGCGUCUUGACGAUGCUGCUCUGCACCCUUUUACAUUGCUGGUGGAGGCGGGACGGUUUGGGGCGGAGGCACAGACUCCACUGUGCCCCAGAGAAACAAGGCAGUAUGCUGAAGGGCAGAGGGUCCUGCUGUCACUCUGAAAGUGUGGUGUAAGAGAAGAACUCCUGCUUGGAACGCCAGGGAUUUUCAUGAUGGGCUGCCUUCUCUCUUCCUCUGUCUAUUCAAUCCUAAAGACUGCUGGGACAUAUGGAUCAUCCCUAAGAUGGGCAUCAGACACCUGGCUAAUAACAUCCUCAUAAGACUGAGAGGGAGUAGAGACCCCCUCUAUCUCUAUUACCAGACCAAGGGAGGCCCAUUUGAUGUGAGAGUUUCAUGUCGUUUCAGAACCUCCGCACACUUGGAAUACUGUGAUCUCACUACUGUUUUAAUGCAUGGAGGAGAAGAGAUGGGAACUGACCGGUCAGAAAUACCAAAUUCUCCGGGAACAGCUCGCUGGAACUGGACUCCUGAACAGAUACCCUCUAAAUUGUGAGCGCUUAGUGUGACAUCAUCACUGUAAAGAUGAUGAAGUCAAGGACAUGACCAGGAACAUGCUGGACAUAAGAGAAAUACUUUUGACAACUUGGUGUCCUGUGGGUUUUUUGGCACAUGAAAGCAACUAUUUCAGAUUUCGAUUUGAGGUAUAACUUUGUUUUAUUCACUCAAACUCAGAGGAACUCAAAAUG